AGAAAGCCAUCCUGACUGACCAAUCAUUUGUUGUGAAUUCAUUCCAAGCAAACCUCGUCGUCCAAUCAGCGUUGAGAACACGCCGCACACUAUUAUGCGCUUGUUGAUUUGGGGGACACAAUCUACCCAGGUUCUUUAGGAACAGAUGAAUCUGUAAUGGGGGGAGUAAAACAAGAGCAAAGCGAUGGUCCUGGAUCAAAAGGUUUUCAUCAUUCAGACUCAACACAGGAAGAGAACAAUAAUUCACUCAAUGCUCAGCCUGUGAAGAAGCGUGGCUGGCCCAAAGGAAAAAAGCGAAAGAAGGUCUUACCCAAUGGUCCCAAGGCUCCAGUGACUGGCUAUGUGCGCUUCCUGAAUGAAAGACGAGAACAUAUCCGUGCAUUGCACCCUGACCUCCCUUUCCCUGAGAUUACCAAGAGACUCGGGGCCGAGUGGAGCCGCCUAGCUCCCCAUGACAAACAGCGUUACCUGGAUGAAGCGGAGCGGGAAAAAGUGCAGUAUGCAAGGGAACUGAAGGAGUACCAGAAAAGCGAAGCCUACCAGAUCACCAGUGCCAAGAUCCAAGACAAAAGAAUUAAGAAAGAGGAGUUAACAUCUGUUAUUAUAAAUGCCAAUAGUUCAGGAUCAGCAGCUCUUAAGACUUCAGAUCUCUCUAGCAGAUUCGACGUGCCCAUUUUUACAGAAGAGUUCCUCGAUCAGAACAAAGCACGGGAGGCUGAGCUUCGACGGCUGCGUAAGGCCAACGUGGAGUUUGAGGAGCAGAACACCAUUCUGCAAAAGCACAUAGCUGAGAUGUUUAGUGCCAAAGAGCGUCUGGAGGCCGAGCUUGGUCAGGAUGAGCUGCGCACACAGGCUCUGCACCGCCGCCUGCAGGCCAUCAAACAGACGCUGGUCACCAGCCUGGCUACUGUGCCCCUGCCAGGCACAGGUGAGACUCCCUCGUUUGGAACUCUGGACACUUACCUGAGUCGUUUGAGCGGUGCCUUGGAAAGCAGUCCUCACGAGCACCGCGCUCUGCUGAUCAAGCUCCAAGAGCUGCUGGCUCACUUAGACAGUGAGAAACUUUGAAAAAUAUGUGCAGCUGUGCUGCAUCUGGAAUUGAGGUGUUGACUUAAGCAUCUCACAGCACCAUGAAGACAGGAUUACCCAGACACCUGAAGGAAAAUCUCUGCUUUUCAUGGUGUGCAGUAGUGCCUGAACGUCUAGAUGUAGUUGGCUCUUUAGGCGCUAUUGACAUGCACGUUCUUUAGAAUGUUUUUAAUUUUUUUAAUCGCUGAAGAAUGUUUUUGUUUGUUUGUUUGUUUUGUGCAUUGUUUCUUACCUUAAUCCUUUCCUAUAUUGUUCUCUUUAGUCUUCAUUGCUAUGUCGGUUUUAUAACAAUUAUCCAUUUGUCAUUCCAGAAGCAUAAAUCAUUUUCCACUAAUCGAUUGCUCAUAUGUAAUAUGUAAUGCAUUGCGGUAUUUCGGGCAGAUUAUUAUUGUGAAACUUUUCCUGAAUGUAGAUUUUACAUUUUACACUGAUUUAUAAUAAUUGUGUAUUUGAAAAGAAAAAUAUUGAGAUAGGUACUGAAAUGCUGAAUCAGGGAAUGUUUUGAUUAAAUUAAACUCCUCUUGUUUUUAAAUGUUUACUCUGUAAACAGUUUUUCUGUAAUGUGUUAGUGUAUAAUUCAUCAUAAGUGUAUGCUGCUCCAUGUUGCAGUGACCUAUAAUGCAAUAAAAUGGGGA